UCCGGGACCACAAUUUCAAACGACCAGCGUGGUCACUCUGCAUCGCGGGAACACUGGAUUCGGAUUCCAAAUCAGGGGUCGUGGAACAACUGGGGAAGUCGGGCCGGUUGCAUUUAACGUUGUCCAACCACCAGCUAACCAACUUUUGGACCGUAUUUUUCCCAACAGUCCAGCGGCUGCAGCCGGUCUUUCUCCGGGACAGUACAUUUUGGAAGUAAGUGUUACAUGUCAAAGUGCCACCCAGCACCAUUGA